GAAUGUAUUUGCCGUCGUAUCGCUCGCGACUGUCAGUGCUAGCAGCACACGGAAAACAAGACAGCUAAUAACUUUUAAAGUGCGCUUUUUAAACAAACAAAAAAUAGAAUAGUGUACAGCAUUGACUUAAACUUAAAAAUAUUAAAGGAUUCAAAUUGUAUUCGAUAUUUAGAAUAAAAUCCAGUGAAAGUAACUAAUGCCAAAGUUAAAAAUGUAAAUAAAAAAAACAUCGUGUUAUAAAAAAAAUCCUGUGCAGAAAACUCGCAAGUUUACAAAUGAAUUUCAACCAAUGCACAUUGUAAAGAUGAAAUAAUUCGUGACCUUGAUUAACAUCCGCAAUUUAGGCGCUUCUCAGUAAAUUAUUUAUGUGUUACGUGAGUUGUUGUGUGUGAUUCAAAAGUAAUUAGUGUAAAAACUAGAUUUUUUCAUUUGAUAACAUAUUGUGAUAUUUUCAUUCAACAUGGGCGCGUUUGACAAAGACGUUGAGAAACCUAAGUACCCUAAGUCGGUGUUCUUUAUUGUCAGCAAUGAGUUCUGCGAGCGUUUUAGUUUCUAUGGAAUGCGAACUAUCCUCAGUAUUUACAUCACCGACAUGCUGCUAUAUUCUGAAUCUGAUGCGAAAAUUAUCUUUCAUGCAUUCACCGUUUUGGUAUACUUUUUCCCGCUGUUCGGCGCAAUGUUGGCCGACAGUUAUCUUGGCAAAUUCAAAACUAUUUUCUACGUGUCAAUUGUUUACGCGUGCGGAAAUAUUAUCCUUGCCCUUGCAGCUACGAAACCAAUAGGUUUGCCUCCAGUGGAAUUUACGAUGAUAGGAUUGUUACUUAUAGCAAUUGGUACCGGAGGUAUUAAACCAUGUGUGGCAGCCUUCGGAGGUGACCAAUUCACCCUUCCGCAACAAACCAAACAACUCGCUGCGUUUUUCUCAAUGUUUUACUUUGCAAUUAACUCAGGUAGUUUUGUAUCUACCUUUUUAACUCCUGUGCUCAGAGAACAGGAGUGCUUUGGGGGUGCCCAGUGUUUUACACUAGCAUUUGGUGUUCCUGGCGUGCUCAUGAUUAUUUCAAUUAUUAUUUUUGGUCUUGGAAAACCAUUGUACAAAAUUAAAGAACCAGAAGGAAAUAUGGUGAUUCAAGUCAGCAAAUGUAUUGGAAAUGCAAUCAGUGAAAAAUCAAAAUCAAAAGAAAAGAAAGAACAUUGGUUAGACCACGCAAUUCCUGAAUAUGGUGAAUCAUUGGUUAAAGAUGUUAAAGCUUUGUUAAGAGUUUUGAUUCUUUAUAUUCCACUGCCUGUUUUUUGGGCAUUAUUUGACCAGCAAGGCACUGGCUGGACUUUUAUGGCGCGCAGAAUGGAUGGAGACAUUGGAUUCUAUACUAUUUUGCCUGAUCAAAUUCAGGUCAUCAAUCCACUGUUAGUUAUGUUUUUUAUUCCUCUCUUCGACAUGGUUGUUUAUCCAAUGUUGACACGUUGUAAAGUGUUGAGAACACCUUUGCAACGUUUAGUUAUGGGUGGAUUGUUAGCAGCAAUAGCAUUUGCUAUGUCUGCAGGCAUUUCAAUGGUAAUAGAAUCAGAAACUCCUAUAUUACCAAGAGCAGGAACCGGGCAAGUGACAUUUUACAACAUCGGGAAAGAAUUAAAAUUAACUAGUCCAACAGAUGAAAAGAUUAACAUCACCGUCCCAGAAAUGGGAUAUGUUUUAUUAGACGAGAGUGUGACUGGCAGCAUUACCAAAUCAUUCUUAGCUGGGGACCUUCCAAUUGAAUUAACUUUUGAAGAAAAGACUACAAUGGGAUAUUAUUUGUCAUAUAGUGGAAUACAAUCGUUCACUGAUUCAUUUGCUAAAAGUGAGCAAGGAUUACCGAUCGUCAGAACAUUAAUACGAAAUAAACUAGAAGAUAGAAACUAUGAAAUAACAUAUAUCCUGGGCGAUAUGCAAGAGAAAGUUACCAAGAAAGAUGAACCUGUGGCAUUGAAGAAACCAGGAGAAUAUAGCAUUAAAAUUGGAGAAUACCUUUCCCAAAAGAUAGAAUUCAAAUUAGGAGGCGUUUACACGGUUCUUGUUGAUGCAUUUUCUGAUACACAAAUGAAUGUUGUGCCUAAUACAAUAACUCCAUACAAUCGAGUGCACAUGUUGUGGAUUAUUCCACAAUAUGUUGUUAUUACAGUUGCCGAAAUUAUGUUUUCUAUUACUGGCUUAGAAUUUUCGUAUUCUCAAGCCCCACUAAGCAUGAAAUCGGUAUUACAAGCUGGUUGGUUGCUCACCACUUGCAUAGGUAAUCUGAUCGUGGUUAUCAUUGAAGCUAUAGAACCGUUUGAAAAACAAUCUAAUAAUUUCUUCUUGUACGCCGCUCUGAUGCUCAUUGAUAUGGUCAUAUUUGCGUUGAUGGCCAUGCGAUAUAAAUAUGUUAAGCAAGGUGACACAGUCACGGAAGAUGAUGGUAUUGAAAAUAUUGCGUUUAGCAAAAGCAAUGAAACUAAAAUGAGUACAUGAAUUUUUGCUCUUGUAAAUUUAACUUGUGAACUGUUUUUAGAGUAUUAUAUAUUUUUUCACUUCAAUUUUAUAGGAAAUAUUUUAUACUGGUGAUCUGUCGCACGAGAGUAAUUUAAUAUUGAUGAAAAUUAGAAGUGCGCAAAAAAUAAAAUAAUAAGAAUUAAAAUAACGUUACCUUGCACGGUACUGGGUCCUAAAGUUAUUGCACAUAAACCUAUCCCACACAACAAGUCUGCUUUGAUUCACAAAACUGCAUGGACUCACACCGACUCUUGUUGCACGCGCACUACUACAACAAACUCUUUACUAAAUACACGAAUCUAGUGGUGCGAGCAGGGCCGUCGAGAGCCAGCGCGGGCCCCAGCAAACGUUAAUUUUUCGCAAUUUUUUUUGUGUUUGCGAUUUAAGAGCAAUCAGCCGGGUCCCGGGGAAUUUACCCCAGUUGACAGAAAACUUGUUUAUAAGCAGCAAAUGUAAAUUUCAGAAAAAUAUACUUGAAUUAUAAACUUA